ACCUACUCUAGCUUGAGCAACAUUGCGAGAGUCUGUGACGCGUCUGAGCAAGCUUCUCUGUUCACAGGAUCACUGACGCCGUCACGGCAUUAAUACUGAUAUGGAAGUGGCGUAGGGAAGGGCUUUGGCCAUUCAGGAAUAGCAGGUGGGCAAUUCGAAACCAAGUCUGUCGCCAUGGCUUCUGCUGCUGCUUUACGCGUUUGCUCCACCAGCCCAUCCUGCUGUCUAGCAUCUUCUCAUCAUCAACCUCAAGCGGGGCCGUCGAAUUGGCCCGUCUCAGGGCCCUUCACAUCAGCCACAUUGCCUCCACAGAGUAGCGAACCAUCACUACAUAGAAAUAGAGUAGCUAGCGGAAAUGACUUGAACGACUUGCAGGCACGACCGCAACCUUUUACCACUCUCCGAGGGUCCGUUUGCUGUCGUGCCCUCAGGGGAACGAGGAAAGAUGCAGUGGAACAAGACAGUACCGUUGAGUGGGACCAUAUGGAAGAAUCAGAGUUGCAGGGUUUGUGGGACAAGUUUGGGGAGAUGGUCGUUAGCAACCCUGACGUGAUGGCGCUUGAGGACUUGGACGAUACUGACAGCAAACAGUUCGCAGUAGCUAUGGCUGAAAUUGCGGACCUGACAAAGGCAGCGGACGUCCAAGUUCUUCAUGUUGCGCCCUUUGUCUACUGGACCCGAGUCAUGGUUCUUGUGACUGCGUUUUCCAGGCCGCAAGUGAACGCAAUUGGGAGCCGAAUCAGAGAGGCAGCUCUUGAAAAGUUCCAGCGGACGCCGGAGAAUGACGUUGACGACGGCACUCCCAAGAGUUGGACGGUUGUAGACUUUGGGGAUGUUGUGAUCCACGUUUUCCUGCCCAAGGAGCGGGAGUAUUACGCGCUCGACGACUACUACAAAGAAGCUGAGGCCAUCCCGUUGCCCUUCGCCAACCGCGGCCUAGAGUAGCUUCGGCUUGCAAAGCGUCACAUGCCGAGCACUGUCUACAAGUCGCCUGGGGACAGGGCCCCUCGAGACUGCUAGAUCUGCUCACUAGCACUGCGCAACGUUCAGUGGGCGGCUGAAUGCACUGUGUCGAGCUACUAUUCGAAUCUGCAAAAGCGAGCGGAACCUUGAGGGGUUAAUGAUGUACAUCCGCCAGACCAGUCGUAUUAGGUAUUUCCUCGGUAUGCCAUUGACCGACAAGAAUCUUCAUCAAUCGAGGCGCCUGCAUAUAUAACAUCGAACAUAUAAACCGGGACACGUGGGCCGGCCGGUAUAUAAGGAGGCCGUGUACGUCGUAUCUAUAGCAAUUGGCGACAUCCAAUCCGAAAGACUGGUUGCCUGGCUGCACGUACCGUCAGUCAUGCUUGAUUAGGAUUGUGCAAAUUCUCAAAAUGGUCA